CGGAUAUCUUUUCAAUUGCACCUUCCCGGUAAUCUUAGAUGAUAUGCGACUACGGCUGAACGAUUAGACAUGCGCCACAGAAAUCCCGUGCGCCGGCCAUCUCGACAUUUGGAUUCUCCCCGCCCGCUUCUCUCCUCCGCGAGAUCCUCCGUCGUGUCAUGAAAAGGUGCCUGGGUCCAGCUCGUCUGCCGUGUCUGGGCUGCAGGUUCAUCUCACCUUCUCCCUCGAUAUCGCACCCUCGCGCGCUACUCCCCCGGGCUCGCCAGGUCGGGAGACCUUUCCCGGGGAGGCGACAAUGGAGUCGCCCGUUCUCCGCGCACACCAGGCCUCCGAUCGACCGCCGAUUGCUCGAGAAGCAUGUUCAGCUAGAGAUGAAGAGAUGCCCGGUUCCGGGGCCGCAAGAGAAAAACCCUGAGGCAUGGCUCUCACUGCUGGACCAGUACAUUCCGCCGUCGUUGCGAAAAUCCCCCGAGAAUGCUGCGCCGGAUGCUGUUGCGUCGGACGGUACGGCUGCCAGCGCGGCCGACUCGCUGGUACAGACGAUCGAGUUGACCAAUCUGCUUUUCCAUGCGAGGAUGUCGGGAAACUUGGGCCUCUUGUCACAGCUGGGAUUUCGGAAACACAAUUGGCCUGCGGUUCACGCCUUGUUGAACCGUUUGCUGGAUGCCGCGGACACCCUCAACGAGGUCGCAGUGCCAUCCCGGCCGCUGUCCAAUCUUAACUGGGGCUCGGGCUCGUCGGAAUCGCUGGAUGAACUGACUGCUAAACGACAAAAACCGGUACCACGGCUCGUGCCGGGCUCAGAGGUACCGCUGGUUCCUGGAUUUACCAGCCUUGACGCGAUGACGGAGCGGCCACUGGCAGAUGACCACUCGAAGCGGUUCAUGGCAGAACUGUGGCCGUCUCUGGGCUCGAUCAUACUUGAUGCGGCCGACGCACCUCCCAGUGAAGCGAAGCUGGCCAUGUCCUAUGUCUUCCAGGUUCUGGCUCGCCUGCACCACUCCGGUGCGGUCUCCGACAGAGUGUAUAAGUACAUCCCUGGGGAGGAACUCUACAAGAACACCCUUCGGCCUCCGGGUAUCCACUUGCUUUCUACCCAUAUUGUGAGUGUCCUGUCGGAUGCGGCUUGGUUAGUGCACGAAGCAGAAGUCGCAGCCAAGGCGGCGGCAGCGGGCGAAGACUCUCCUUACGUACCGUUUAGGAUGGGUAUUCGCGAACUCGGGCCGGAGAUUUGGUUGGAAUUCAUCCUCUGGUGCUGCGUGGAGCACGGUCAUGUGACAGAAGGCAUAUGGCUCAUAGAACAGAUGAAAAGGCGGAAGGGGGACCAGGCUUGGGGGUUCCGAAGUUGGAAGCCUCUCCUGGAAGAUCCAACUUUGGUGAGAGACACCAACAUCGACCGGGAAGACUCGUGGCGCCAGCCAGGUAGUGACAUUCGCCCUUCGCCCCCACGGAGACGGGUCAAUCCGACUCCUUUCAAUGGGCUGGGGAAGCGGACGGUCAGUGAGGAAGUCGUCGCUUCGUUGCUAGACAACCUUCCCAAUCUGGUAUAUCUAGGACUGGGUUUUCGAGGCGUCUCACCAACGGCACUCAUCCGCUCCGCGUCGUCGUUGAAGUUCGCCAUAACGCCAACCAGUUCCGACAGCGAGCUUCUCCCAACGUCCAGAUCGUCCAAUUGGUUUACCGUGCGUGUCCUGGAAUCUGGCGGCUUCGACGCAAAGAGCGAUCCUCAAGCCUUUGAAAACCUCCUGAGACUUACUCCUCACGUCGUGCCCCCUUGGGAAAGCAAUCUAGAAUUGAGGGACGAGGAUCUGGACCCACUUACUCCCUCUCAGCUCUACGAUGAAACUGCGGCCUUGUCUGGACUCAUCGAAUACAACAUCCGAUAUUACGCCUUGCAGCGACUCUGUGGCGAUGCUAUCAAUGCUUUCGAGUGGUUACAGGCCGUGACUGACGCGAGUAAGAUGCAACGCAUCGGCGACUUCUUUUCCUCAUCGAUCCUGGAUAAACCCCCGAUGGACUGGUUCCCUACGUUUGACAUGGCCCGCCUUCCAGCCCUGCGGGUGUUCGAGUCCUCAAUCCCGCAAGUCUCGAACAUCACGUUGGCCCAUAUGCUCGACCUAGUCACUGUGUCCCGAGAGUAUGCAUUUGGCGAGUGGAUGCUCUUCUCCAGCGACAUCGACGGUUCCCCUAUCCCCCCCAGCGCCUACGGGGAUCAAGCACUAGCCCCCGCGAUCAUCCGGUUCGCGGCAGCCACAAAGAACACCGCUCUCUGCGACGCCACCACCUCCUCUCUCGGCCAGCCCCUCUCCGCAAACAUCCUGCGCACUCUACUCAACUUCCGGGUCGCAAUGGGCCAAUGGGACCAAGUUGUUCCGAUGCUCGAGUACCUCCGCGAAUACCGCGCCAAAUCCUGGGGCCACAGCAACGUAGCAGCGCUCGCAGCAGCAGUCAUCCGACUCGAGCACACCGCUCAGCAGAACCCCGCCGAUCCACAAGCAUCAAACGAGCUCACCCAAGCAAAAGAUAUCCUCCGCCGACUCCUAAGCGGCGAAUUCAACGAACCCCACCGCCACUCCGAAACACACUACCAAGACCGCUCCCUCCACAGCCUCAUCCGCCUCUUCCAGUCCAUCCCAGGCGGCUCCCUAAAAGACACCGCAACAGCCGCCUCCGCCGCCCUCCGCGCCCGUUUCUCCCCCUCCCCGCACAGCGCAAUCCCCCACAUUCCCGCCGCAACCUUCCACCCGAUUCUCUCCGCCGUAGUCGACACGCAGGGCAGCGCAGCCGGCAAACGCCUCUGGGACAGAUGGUGCCUCGACCUCAAGUCGCCGACGCUCCGCCGUCUCCAAGAAGGCGGCAUCCCCAGGCUAUACCUGAACAAAGAGCGCAACCGCGCGCGCGGCGACCCGCACUUCGACGCGCAGUACUUCAAACAAAUCCAAAGCAAGGCCGUGCUUCCUAACGCUAAUACAAUCCGUAUCAUCGCCCAGGCGGCUGUGAAAGAAUACAACGAGUACCAGUCUUCCUCUUCCCCGUCUUCCACAGAAUCAGCCCCAUCGGGACAGGGACAAGUGGCCAACAACAACGAUACUAACAACCCCGCCCGACCAAUCCUCGAAUUCUGCAUCGAGAAGUUCGAAACCUUCCGGGUUCGCCGCCGCGAGAUCAACCGCGAGGUAGGCGGCUUGCUCUAUCGUCGCCGGCGGGAGAGGGGUCAGUCUAAGACACGUUAAGGGGCACUUUCUACUGAAAAGAGAUAAAUUACUUUUUUUUCUCUUACUUGUACGGUUUCAGCAUAUGUAUUAUCUCUAUACAAGAUUUCUAGCGUCUGUUCUUU